AUGGAACCCGAGGAAUUUAUUUCGACAUUGAGCUCCCCAGAUUUCGUGGGAGACCCACUCAUCCACACUCAACACCUCCUUGGGGCUGUCAUAUACGAGUGUGUGACUGCAAAUGAGGUUACUGCAGUUCAUCAGAUUCGCGCUGCACACCAGCGCUACUCGGACCCGAGUCUCGUCAACGUGGCUUACCGAGGCCACGGCUAUGGUAGCGUGAAGCACUGGUAUAAGAGGGUUGGCAACAAUUGGAAGCUUGCUGGAGUGCGCCCGGAAAUGUAUUGGAAUGAGCAUGACUUUUCCAAGAUCUUCCCCCGUCAGCCUUCGGCGCCUUGA